UCUCUCACUUUUCUCCAGAAGAUUUUGAAUCUUUCUCUUCUUUCCGCAAGUCUUUGAAUUUUGUUCAUUCCUAUAUCUAUAUAUCUAUAUAUAUGUAUAUAUUAUAUAUAUAAUAUCUAUCAAAAGUCUUUUUUUAAAGCCUUGUUUUCUUGUGUGAAGGUAUUGUCUUGAUUCUUUGUUUGUUAAAGUUUCAAUCUUUAUUGCUCUUACAACCAUUGGACUUUUGUUUUUUGUCUUUUGUUUAUUGCUUAUUCACUGAACCCACCUCAGAAUCUUCAAAUAUUUUAAUUUAAAAACAAAAUCCCAUAUUAAAAAAAUUUAUAUUUUGUUAGAUGGUUGCAUUUGUUUACUAUUUAUCAGUAGUCAAAAACCCUAAUAGCAGCUACCUCAAAGCUUAAUUGAUUUGCAGAUUGUUGUUUGCUGCUGAAUUGAUUCCUUGUGGGCUGGUCUUGAUUUUCUUCUCCUCUGUUCAGAUAUAAGGAACCAACGAGAUUUUCUGAAGUUUCGACUUUUUCAUCUGUUUGAGGAAGAUUUUACGACUGGGAAUUUGGAGUGGACCAUGUCUUUAGUAAGACCUGCUGCAUUUUUCGGUAACCACGAGCUUUAUUCGAUAAAGAACGGUGAUAACACCUCUGUCGCACAGUCAACAUCCACUUCUAAUUCAGACAACACCGAAUCCUACAGCAGCGAAAAUUACGGGAACGACCCUUAUCAACCCAACUACGAAUCAGACAUGAUCGACUACGACGAUGCCCAGAUGAAACUAAAACUUCAAGAACUCGAACACGCUCUCCUCGAUAACGAUGAUGAUAGUGAUAAUAAUUACAAUAAUGGGAUGGAAACCGAAAACGAAACCGAAGACUCCCCAAAGGAAUAUUCCUCCUCGGGUUCCAUCUUUAGUAGCACAAGCGUCGCAACUUCUCCAAAGAGCCUGCUUUUCGCAUGCGCGGCUUCGAUUCAGAACGGCAAUUUCGCCGAAGCGUCUCACAUGAUAAAUGUGCUCCGUCAGAGGGUCUCGAUCCAGGGAGAACCUUCCGGAAGAAUCGCCGCGUACAUGGUGGAAGCUCUGGCUGCUAGGGUAGAAUCUUCCGGUAGGGGACUCUACAAAGCCCUGAAAUGCAAAGAGCCGCCAUCUUCCGACCGCCUCUCCGCCAUGCAGGUCCUCUUCGAAGUCUGCCCGUGCUUCCGGUUCGGUUUCAUGGCGGCAAACGGAGCUAUUCUAGAAGCAUGCAAAGACGAAAAUCGAGUUCACAUCAUAGAUUUCGAUAUCAACCAAGGGAGUCAAUACUACACACUCCUCCAAACCCUAGCAAAGACUUCCGGAAGGCGCCCCCACGUUAGGUUAACGGGGGUCGACGACCCGGAAUCUGUUCAACGCGGUGUGGGAGGCCUCACCGUAAUAGGACAGAGGCUCGAGCAAUUGGCUAAAGAUUUACGGGUCCCGUUUGAAUUCCAUGCAGUAACUUCCGAAACCGCCCUCGUUUCCCCGUCGACGCUCGACUGCCAGCCUGGCGAAGAAGCACUGGUUGUAAACUUUGCCUUUCAACUACACCACAUGCCCGACGAAAGCGUUUCGACGGUCAACUUGCGAGACAGGCUUCUGCGCAUGGUGAAGGGCUUAAACCCGAAGCUCGUGACGGUUGUCGAGCAAGAUGUGAACACGAAUACGGCGCCGUUUUUAAUCAGGUUCGGCGAGGCUUACGAUUACUACUCGGCCGUGUUCGAGUCGUUGGACGCUACGCUGGGGAGGGACAGUCAGGACAGGGUGAAUGUCGAGAAGCAGUGUCUGGCGAGGGAUAUUAUUAACGUUGUUGCGUGUGAAGGGGAGGAGAGGAUCGAGAGGUACGAGGUGGCGGGGAAAUGGAGGGCUAGGAUGAGUAUGGCUGGUUUUAGCUCGUCACCGAUUGGUCGGAAUGUGAGCGGCGAGAUUCGGAAAUUGAUAAAGGAGUAUUCGGACAGGUAUACGGUUAAGGAGGAAAACGGUGGGCUGCAUUUCGGUUGGGAGGAUAAAAUGUUGAUUGUUUGUUCAGCUUGGAUGUGAACUGAUUUGUAUAUAUACUCAGAAAAUAGGAAAUCAUAUAUAUAUAUAUAUA